AGUGCGUGUGCAAGCACAAAUCAUAAAGUUAGAGGAACCGAGGUGCAGGAUGGGCCGCUGAAGAAGAGAGAGAGAAAAAAUCAGCAGAGAGAAGCAGAAGGCAGCAUUAUCGGACAGACUGGGCACUACUGCAGCCAUAGACACUGAGCAAGUCGUGUAGAUUUAAAGCAAACAUGGAUUUCUCGACAAUAUUCUGUUGUCGUGUAUUCCCUAAAAUGUUUUUGCUCCUGUUCAUUGCUUUAAAGUCUGCAAACGCUGCUCCUUCGCCUAUUAUCAGAUUUCCAGGAGACGAUACUCCCAAAACAGACAAAGAAGUUGCCUUGCACUAUUUGAAUAAAUUCUAUGGAUGUCCACAAGACAGAUGUAACUUGAUGAUGUUGAAGGACACUCUAAAGAAAAUGCAAAAGUUUUUUUCUCUGCAAGAAACUGGAGAGAUUGAUGCCAAAACUGUGGAGAUCAUGAAAAAGCCCCGCUGUGGCGUCCCAGAUGUGGCCAAUUACAACUUCUUCCAUAGAAAACCAAUGUGGCAGAAGAAAGACAUCACCUACAGAAUCCUGGGACACACACCAGAUCUUGAUGAGGAGGUCAUAAAUGACGCUUUCUUCAGAGCCUUUAAAGUGUGGAGUGAUGUCACCCCUCUCACAUUCACAAGACUUAUGGACGGAGAGGCUGACAUCAUGAUCAACUUUGGUCGUAAUGAGCAUGGCGAUGGAUAUCCUUUUGAUGGCAAAGACGGCCUUCUGGCCCAUGCCUUUGCCCCUGGUCCUGGGAUUGGAGGAGACUCUCACUUUGAUGAUGAUGAACAGUGGACUCUUGGAGAGGGACAAGUUGUCAAAUCAAAGUUUGGCAAUGCUGACGGAGAGUUUUGUAAAUUCCCAUUCCUGUUUAUGGGCACUGAAUACAACAGCUGUACUGCUCAGGGCCGUGAUGAUGGAUUCUUGUGGUGCUCCACAACCUACAACUUUGAUGAAGAUGGCAAAUACGGUUUCUGCCCCCAUGAAUUGCUGUUCACCCUCGGUGGAAAUGCUGAAGGAGCUCCAUGCAAAUUCCCCUUCACCUUUCAAGGAGAGAAAUAUGACGGAUGCACCACUCAAGGAAGAGAUGAUGGCUACCGCUGGUGCGCCACAACUGAGGACUACGACAGAGACAAGACCUAUGGAUUCUGUCCUGAAACCGCUAUGUCAACAGUUGGAGGAAAUGCAGAGGGAAGCCCUUGUGCCUUUCCAUUCACCUUCCUUGGAAACACAUAUGAGUCCUGCACCACUUCAGGUCGCAGUGAUGGCAAGAUGUGGUGCGCAACUACUAAGAGUUAUGAUGACGACCGCAAAUGGGGAUUUUGCCCUGACCAAGGCUACAGCUUGUUCCUGGUGGCAGCACAUGAGUUUGGUCAUGCUCUUGGUUUGGAGCACUCCCAGGAUCCUGGAGCACUGAUGGCUCCUGUUUACACUUUUACCAAGGACUUCCGUCUUUCUCAGGAUGAUAUCAGUGGCAUUCAGGAGCUCUAUGGUGUGCCAACAGACAAGCCAUUGCCACCCACACAGGGUCCAGUUACUCCCAUGGACAUCUGUAAUGAACCUGUUGUCUUUGAUGCUGUGGCCCAAAUCAGAGGAGAGACGUUCUUCUUUAAGGACAGGUUCCUGUUCAGGUCAGUGAACUUCAGAAGCAAGCCAAGUGGACCAAUGCUUGUCGGCACCUACUGGCCAGACCUUCCUACCAAAAUUGAUGCAGCCUACGAAAACCACGAUGAAAAAACUGUAUUCUUUGCUGGAAAUGAGAUGUGGGUGUAUAAAGCAGAUGAACUGGAAAGAGGUUAUCCCAAGAGGCUCUCAAGUCUUGGGCUGCCCGCUGAUAUCCAGCAAAUUGAUGCUGCUUUCAACUUCAGGAAAAACAGGAAGACCUACUUAUUUUCUGGAGACCAGUUCUGGAGGUAUGAUGAGAGCAGACAGUCAAUGGAUCCAGGCUUUCCAAAACUUAUUGCUGAUUCUUGGAACGGCAUCCCUGACAACAUUGACAGUGCUUUCAGCCUGAAUGGAAUUGAUUACAGCUACUUCUUCAAAGGCAACCACUAUUUCAAAUUGGAAGACAGCAGCUUGAAGAUUGUUAAACUUGGUGAAAUCACAAAAGACUGGCUGGGUUGUUAGGCUUUUUGAAUCACACAUAACUGGUAUUUUUAGCAGUGAUGUCUUGCCUCUGGACAUUGCCACACACAUAAUGAAGUAUCCUAUCCACUGACACUGCCUCUUAGGCUUUAUCAUGAGGUUGCAGUUUUAGCUGAAACCCCCUCUAAAAACUAAAAUAGGCAAAAGGAUAUGAUACGUUAUUGAUGCUGUCUUAUUUUGACAGUUUUACCAGUUUCUGUAUAAACCCAUGUUUGACUGGAUUCCCUUUUGUUGUUUUGAUUUUUUGUUUACUAAGACAUCAGGUAUGUCCACAAUGCACUGAACACAGUGCUGUAAUAUGCUGUGACAUAGUACAAAACCAGUAAGACUUACAAUAACAUGUAAGAUAUCUCCAUUGUUUGUAUGAUUUUAUUUUUUGUUUUUUUUGUGUGCAAUACAUUUCAUUUAACUGAAUGUGCACAACAUGUCUGACCGAAAAUGGUGCUUUAAAAUUAGCUUUUGCUUGCUGUCCUUAACAUGUAACAUUUAACAUUUACCUAGCACUUUGUAUUGGACUGUGUGUGGCUUUGUAUUAUGGAAGCCAGUAUAUUGCUAAAAUUACUUUUUGGAUUUCCAGAGAAAGAUUUUAAGGCACAGGUUGCCUCAAGAAGAUGUUCAGGUUGUUGCAUAGUUAUGUUUUAUUAUUUACAUACCUUUUUUGUACUGUAGAUAUUGCUAUGUGUUGGGCACUUUGUCAUCAAUUAAGAUGGUCAAUAAAUUACAUUUGAGAUGUUGA